AUGGCGGAAGACUCGGCAAUAGAAGUCAUUACCCUUACUGAUGGAGAGACUACCAUUCUUAAUAAUUUUAUUUCUGAACUGAAACGGCCUGCUACAGAUUCAACACAUGCAUUCCUACCAACUUCAAAGGAAAAACUUGAUGAUGAUUUAAGACCUGAUGAACCAUUUUCAAAAAUCAGGAAAGAUUUUUACAAUGACGAAAAAAGUGAGCAACAGUUUUUGAAAUCAAAGCCAACAUGUUUUGUAAUCUUUGGAAAACCUGGCGCUGGAAAGACUCAGUUAGCAAAGCAAAUUGCUCGACAAUGGAAUUGCGAACUCAUUAAUCCUCAAGAAUUAAUUAACCAAGAACUGGAACAACAGACUUUUCUAGGACAAAAGUGUUUUGAUAUAAUUAGUAAAGGAGAACUAAUCCUUGAUGAGCUCACUUUUAAAAUAAUGAACAAAAAAAUCAACUCCCCUGAGGUUGCUCAUCAUGGUUAUAUUCUUGAUGGUCUUCCAACAAUUAGUCAAGAAUUUAUGACUACCACUGAGCAAAUAGACUGGAUAAAGAAAAGAGAUCUCUCUCCUGAUGUCAUUAUUAAUUUGAAAAUUCCGGAUGAAGAUUUAUUAACCAGGAGGACAAACCAGAAGUACGACUCAAUGACAGGAGUUAUGUACCCUAAAGAAGUUUAUGAUCCCGAAAGAGUAGUCACUGUGGAUGAAGAAGAUGAAGAACAAGCGAAUGAGGAGGAAGUUGGAGAAGAUACAGAAGAAUUGUCUGCUGAGGACUUAGAACGACUGAUCCAACAGCCUGUAGAUAUGGAAGCUCCUGCAAAAGAUAGUAUAGAAAAAUAUAAGUUAAAUACAUUGCGGAUAAUUGAGGAUUAUAUCAUAAGUCAUGAUCAACAAUAUGUUUUGGAACUGGAUGCUAACCAACCGGCACAGACUUUAAUCCAGGAUUGUUUAAUGAAGUUUGAAUGCUGUGCUUUGAGCUCUGCUGCAGUUGUACAGGCACUAAACAAGGAGGAAGAAGUAGAUGAUAUAGAUUCAGAAGCUAUUUUCAAGACAUUUGGAUCAAAGGAAGUUUUGGCUGGACAGUACACUUGGAAAAGAAGUCGAUGGUCAAGAUUUUGUCCUGUAUCACUUUAUGAGGGCAACAUUAUUAAAGGAAAAACUGAAUAUGCUGUUGGGUUUCUUGAUAAACUUUAUUUUUUAUCAAGUCUUCAAGCGAUGGAGUUAUUUACUAAAAAUCCUCGACCCUAUUUAUUACAUCCUCAACCAAGGCCACCCUGUAAGCUUGUUGUUUUGGGAUUGCCCAAAUCAGGAAAGACAAACCUCUGUUACUUACUGGCAAAAAAAUAUAAUGCAACGGUAAUCGAUAUGGAACCUAUAUAUGAAGAAUUAAUGAAAUUUCGAGUAAUUGAAAAACACCAGGAAUGGCUGGAAGAAGCUACCACAAGAGCCAUUGCUGCUGUGAAAAAGAAUGUGGAACAGGCAUUUCUAGAGAGAUUGGCAGAAGAAGCCAAUGAACAAAGUGAGAAUGCAGAGGAAGAGCACCCAGAGAUAUUUAUUAGUGAAAUUAUUGACCAACUACUUGAAAGAGUGGAGCUGGACAUUAAAGACAGAGAUAGGUUCCCUUCUGAUGAAGAUGAUAAUACCGAAGAUCUCGAACCUGAAGUAGAACAUAUUACAGAAGAAGAAAUUGUACCAAAAGAACUUGAUCACGAUGAGUUGACAAAACUACAGCUGGAGAAAGAGUUAGAGGAGGUUGAUGAGGACAAUGAAGAAGUUAAAAUUAUUGUGGAAAAAUUAAUGCUUGAAUAUGCUGAACUUAGUAUUGCAUUCACACCUCGAGACCAAUAUCAGUUAAUGGAAAGAGUUAUUCAAUCAAUAGAGAUGGACAAUGGCAAAGAAUCAAUCACCAAUAUUAGAAAUGGUGGAUGGAUUUUGGAUAAUUUCCCAUUAACUCAAGAACACUGGCAGUUGUGUUCAGACUUUAAUUUAAUCCCAGACACUGUCAUUUGUUUGAUUGAUACAUCAGAUCAAUGGAGUUGGUUAAUGCAUCAAUGGGCAGAACAUUUCUUUGCUACUGUCAAACACAGGAAAGCAGAAGAGGAGGAGGAGGAAGAAGAAGAGGAAGAAUUCUAUAAUGAAGAUACUAGACUUGGAAAACCCGAGGGAAGACAACUUGGGGAAGAAAAUGCUGAAGAAGAACUAGAACAAGAGCAAGAAGAAGAAGAAGAAGGGCAAGAAGAGCAAGAGAAAGAAGAGGAGAAAUUGGAAAAAGACAGUGAACAGGAGAAAGAAGAGAAAGAAGAGGAAGAAGAUGAGAAAAAAGAGGAAGAAAAAGAACAAGAAAUGGUAAAUAAAGAGGGAGAAGAAGGAGAAGUGGAAGAGGGAGAGGUAGAAGAGGAAGAAGAAGCAGUAAAACAGGAAGAAUUAAAAUCGAAAACUCAUUCUGUGUCAGACAUGAUUCCUAAGGGAGCAGAAGAAAUGGAAUUCAUGGAAGAAGCAAUAUUUACUGAUGGUGAAACAGAAAUAACUUUAAGUGAUGUGAUGUAUAAAGAGUCAUCUGAAGAGUAUAGAAAAUCAUUGAAAAUUGCAAACACUAUUCUUAGCGGUGCAAUUGAAAGUGUCAAAACUUUCAUGGGUAUGGACCCUGUUAUAAUUCCUAUUGAGAAUCAAACUACUGAAGAUAUUUUCAUGAAAGUUGUAGAAGAAAUUGAAAAACUUUUCAAACAUGAAGCCAUUGAGUAUUCUGUUACUGAAAUGGAAGAAGAUGAUGCAAAUUAUGAUGCUGAUAUGGAGGAGGAUGAGAAAGAAGAAGAAGAUGACAAUUAUGAUGAAGAGGAAGAAGAUCCCAGAAUAAGUAAGAAGAGAUUACUAGGUGAUGUAAGUCAUUAUUGUCCAGUAAUGUUGAAAGAAAAAGGUGUUUUAAUCUCAGCAAGACAUGAAGUAGCAGUCAGAUAUGACAGUAAACUGUAUUACUUGACAUCCAUUGAAAUAUCAGACCAGUUUGUUGCACAACCAGAGGACUAUACCCCCAAAGACAAACCAUUCCAGCCUCCACCACUUCGGAUCUGCAUACUCGGUGCACAUGGCUCAGGGAAAACUGUUUAUGGCCGUUACAUAGCAAAUAAACUUGGUAUCUUCCACAUUUCAUUCAAAGAAAAAUUACAAGAAUUGAUUAUCAAAAAGACUGGCAGGAAAAUUGGCCCCUUAUAUGAAGAGGAUACUGCUACAGACUAUGGGUCACUGUCAGAUGAAGAUUCAGAUAAUAAGAAUAAAGAAGUUGAAGAGCAACAAGCAGAAACCUUCACGGAACCGGAAGAGUUGACAGAAGAUGAAGAAUGUAUUAGACACUUUCUCGAGGCUAACACCCCUUUAUCUAGUGACUUACUGUCGACAAUUAUAUCACCUUGGUGGUUUGAAGAACCAUACAGAUCAGUUGGGUUCGUAUUAGAAGGUUAUCCAAGUAUGGUAGAUGAUGUCAGUUUAACAGCAAAUAGUGGAUGUUUCCCAGAAGUUGCCAUCAUCUUAAACAUUGAAGCAGAGGAUGUUAUUAACAGAUUGUUGCCAGCCAGACUAAAUUCUUGGAAAACUAAAAGGGAUGCGAAACUUGAAAAAGUAGAGAAGAAAAAGGAUCAAAUAAUGCAGGAAAGAAGUGAAAACAUUGAAAAAAGACGUAUGGAAAUAUUAAAUGAACUCACCGAAAAACAAAAAGCAGCAGAAGAGGAAGGAAAAGAAGAGGAUCCUGAUGAAGAAAUGGACAUUGAAUCAACACUGUUGGAAGAAUUUCCGUUGCCUGAAGAUGACAGAAGGGAUGAAUUUGAAACUGAAGAUGAUGCCAGAGCUAGAUUUUCUAAAGAUAUUUCAACGUUAUAUGAGGCAGAAAAUUCAGAAAUAGAAAAAGUUCGGAUUGGUUUGGAGGAUCAGCUAAUUCCAACCAUUAUUAUCGAUGCCAAUCAAAGACAGCAUAUUGUAAAUUAUAUUUUGAUGCGAUCCUUGAAACCCUAUGUUACAUAUCGACAGAGUCUGUUUGAAAGAGUGUAUCCCGUGAAUGAAUCAACAGCAAAGUCUCUUCUCCACUCAGGAUAUAAGCUGCUAAGUCAUUUGGGAUAUUGGUGUCCUGUUAUGCUCAAAGAAGGUAAUCCCAUGCUACCUUACCAUGGACCAAACCAAAAAAGAGUGGGCUGUAUAUAUCGUCAGUAUAUCUACUUCUUGAGCUCAGUCCAAGCACGGGAGGAAUUUAGUAAGAACCCAUUGUAUUACUUAGAAGGUUUAUCACCUAAACUUGUAGUUCCAGUCAAGCUCAGCAUCAUCGGACCACCAAAGUCUGGAAAAACUUAUUUUUGUCACAAACUUGCUGCCCAAUUUGGACUAAUGAAAUUAUCGAUGGGAGACGCUGUAAGGAAUGUGUUGGAAAAUCAACCCAAGACAUUCCUUGCUCAACAAAUAUUAAGUUACCUUAUCAAAGGGCUCACUGUCCCAGAUGAAUUAGCAGUGAAAGCCAUUGAAACGGCUUUAUUGGAUGUCACUGCUCAAACACGAGGUUAUGUUUUUGACGGGAUACCUGCGACUGACAAUCUAGCCAAAUUACUGGAUGCCAGGAAGAUUAUUCCAGUAAAGGUCUUAGUGUUGAAUACUGCCAUGGAAGAAACUGCAUUCAGAGGAUCUCUUGAACGAGUCGAGAAGGAAGCGUCUUAUUCCGAACAUAACAGUGCCCAGAUCCUUGCAACAAAACAUCAAGUCUACAAGAAAGAAAACCAAACCAUACAGGACUGGUAUCAGAAGACUUUUGAGAACCUUUGUAUAGUCAUUGGGCAACAGUCCAAGUGGGCUCUUUGGAAUGAAAUUAAAGAGGCCAUAUCGGGUUCUGUUGAAAAAGUUCAAUCGUAUUUAGAAAAUGUCAAGAAAGAUCAAGCAGCCAGGCUCCAGGGUUUAUGUAUAACUAAAGAAACAUUCUUCAGCAGACUUGGUGAAUUCCGUGAAUACUGUCCGGUUACCCUUGCGCUCGAUGGAGAAUUAGCAGAUUGUUCAAAAGAUGAAUCGAUGAACCUUGUUGCUGAAUAUCAAGGAAAAUAUUACAAAAUGGAAAAUGAGGCACGAAUGGAGACAUUUUUAAAUGAACCACAAAAAUUUGUUCCUCCUUACGCUCCAAUGGCUUUACCCCCUCAAGAACUGAUCCCACAGAAAUGUUUAAAGAAAGAAGAAACCCCACAAUUUGAAUACUUUGGUUACUGUCCCGUGACAUACUAUGAAGGAAAAUGUCGAUAUGAAGCAAUUACUCUUGGUCAACCAGAUUUAGUUGCUGAAUAUCAGAAAAAAUAUUAUUGUUUUGCCUCAGAAGAGAAACUGGAAAAAUUCAUGAGAUUACCACAGGUAUACAGUAAAAUUGAAUUGAGUUAUAAACUUCCUCCAAAACCUGAUCCAUUAAUGGUAAAUCUUCUGCCUAAUCUUGGCUUCAUGGAACAGUCAUUAUCAACACCAAUUUUGAGAGCACUGGUUGCCGUUGGAAACUUCAAACCAAAGUUUCCUUUCCUCAGUCCCACACAGUCUGCUCUUCUCUAUGUAGCUUUCCAUCUUAAAGCUUUUAACAAACAGAAAUCAGGUUAUAUCAGGAAAAAAUAUAAACAAAAAUUAAAGAAUUUUGAAGAAAAUUGUAAUCUGAUUGCGUACCUCAGUAGCAACAUGAGCGAGUCUUACCAAAAAACUGACCAAAGAGAAUUUGGCUUCACUGAAAAACUGGAGACUUUUUUUGCUCUAAAAGAUUUUAAACAGAAUUCAAUUUGGAUUGCAUAAAUAUUGUUAGAAAAUUUUUUUUUAUAUUUUGAACAAAAGGAGGUUUUGACCACAAAAUAACAAAUAUGUUAUAAUUGACAAAUAAUUAAAUAUUUAUUAGGGAAAAAUACAUAAUAUUAAUAACAUUUAC